AUGGGCCGCACUGUACUGAUGGUGGCAGAGAAGCCUUCCCUUGCGGAGAGCAUUGCUUUUCAUCUCUCCAAAGGACAGGCGGCAAAGCGGCCACGUGCGUUGCCCGUGUAUGAGUAUUCAGGCUAUUUUUUCAAUGCUCCUGCUCAUUUCAAGGUGACCAGCACAACUGGCCACAUUUUCUCCUGUGACUUCACUCCACAGCACCAGAGCUGGGAUCGCACAGAUGAAGAGGUUCUCUUUAGCGCCCCUGUUGUCUGGAAGGAUGAGACGGGCAAAGUCAGUCGGCACCUUGCACAUGAGGCGGAGGGCUGUGAUACGCUUGUCCUUUGGCUCGACUGCGACCGCGAGGGGGAAAACAUCUGCUUUGAAGUGAUGCAGGUGGUUCGACGAAACAUUCAUGAUAUGCGGGAUAUUUGGCGCGCCAAGUUCUCUGCCAUCACAUGCGAAGAGAUUACUCAUGCCUUUGCACACUUGGGCAAGCCCGAUAAGAACGCUUCCGACGCCGUCACUUGCAGGCAGGAGUUGGACCUGAAGGUGGGCGUCGCCUUCACGCGGUACCAGACGAAGUACUUCCAAGGCAAAUAUGGGGAUCUGGAUGCUAGUGUGGUCAGCUACGGUCCCUGUCAGACGCCAACGCUAGCGUUUUGUGUUCAGAGGCAUGAUGAGAUAUUGAACUUUAAGCCAGAGAACUAUUGGAAAUUGGUGCCCGUUUCAAAUCGAUUUGGAACGUUACUCACAUUUGACUGGGUUCGAGGACGUGUCUUUGAUGAGCUAAUAGCACGUUUGCUGCAUCAAAAGGUGUCAGGUUAUAGAUCGGCGAAGGUGGUGGACGUCUCAGUGGGUGUUGACACACGAGCGAGGCCUACCGCCCUCAACACCGUGGAGCUGAUGAAAGUUGCGAGCAAAGCCCUCGGGAUGGGCCCGCAUCACGCCAUGCAGGUUGCGGAGAAUUUGUACAUUGGGGGUUACAUUUCAUAUCCCCGCACCGAAUCCACGGCGUACCCGUCGUCAUUUAACUUUAUGAGUGCCCUCACCGCACAGGAGCAAAGUCCACAAUGGGGUACGUAUGUUCAGGAGCUACUUGCGCGUGGACACACACGACCCAAGGCAGGCAAAGAUGCGGGCGAUCACCCUCCCAUUACGCCCAUGCGUUUGGCAACUCCUGGGGACUUGUCCGGUGAUUCAUGGCGGUUGUAUGAGUACAUUGCACGCCAUUUCAUUGCCACACUUUCACCUGAUUGUAAAAUGACCCGAACAAAGCUUUUGCUUGAAAUUGGUGGGGAGUUGUUUAGCUUUACUGGCAAGGUAGUGGAUGACCCGGGAUUUACGACAAUUCUUCCCCAUUUUGCUGUGAAGGACGAUAAGGUUCCAGCAAAUAUUCAGAUUGGGAGUGAUUUUCCCAUCUCUGAUGUUCGAUUACAGGCGUGUCAAACACAAGCUCCAGGAUACCUGACCGAGGCAGACCUCAUUGGACUUAUGGAGAAAAACGGCAUUGGCACAGAUGCAUCCAUCUCACAGCACGUAAAUAAUAUUGUUGAGCGUGGUUACUGUGCAGUAAAGCCAGGUCGUAUCAUGGAACCAACAAAACUUGGGGUAGUGUUAAUACAUGGAAUCAAAAGCAUUGAUCCGGAAUUGGUGUUGCCGUUAGUUCGAAGCAAGGUGGAGGAAUAUGUAACAUGCAUUGCCGAAGGUGCUGCUUCGCUGGAUGAGGUGCUUUCCUAUUCACUGGACCUUUUUUUUGGCAAGUUUCGAUUUUUUAAACAAAACAUUGAACGAUUUGAUGCCCUUAUGGGAGCCUCCUUUUCAUCUCUUGCCGCAUCAGGGAAACCCAUUACUCGCUGCGGAAACUGUAUGCGAUAUCUGAAGCACCUGGAGGCCCGACCGCAACGGUUGUAUUGCCCCUACUGUGAGGUUACCUACACGUUGCCUCAGGCAGGAACCAUAAAACAAUACUCCAGCUUCAAAUGUCCAUUAGACAACUUUGAGCUCGUCAUUUGUCAUGUGGAUGGGGGAAAGUCGUUCCCAAUAUGUCCAAACUGCUAUAAUAAUCCGCCAUUUGAAGACCUACAAAAAAAAGAAGGACGACAAUAUAUGGCGUGUGAUGAGUGUCGUCAUCCAUCAUGCUAUCAUUCGCUUGCUACGAACUAUGUGGCCGACUGUGUCGAUGAACGGUGUGAUGGUUGCAUGGCAUUUGUACCGCGUACUUCAGGAAAGUGGAAGGUCUGCUGCAAUCACUGCACCAUGAUGAUUCUGCUUCCUCCCACGGCUCAGCGUGUAUAUGUAAGCUCGGAGGAAUGUGACGAGUGUGGCGCCAUGAUGAUGGAUUUACAGUUUCCGGAAGGAAAAUCACCGCUUCCAAAUCGCAAAGAUCGCAUUGUGGCAUGCGUGUUCUGCGAUCCUGCCCUAAAUUCGAACGUGUCAGAGGUCCGGGGGCGCUUGGGCAACUUUAGCCGAUGUGGAGGUGGUGGUGGUGCACGUGGUCGCGGUCGCGGUAGAGGACGAGGACGAGGACGCGGUCGCGGUAGAGGUCGUGGUGGGAGCAGUGGUUGCCAUUGA